AUGGCCUGUCUGCUUUCCCACAUUCUGCUGGGGCCGCGAGCUCUCGUAGAGGAAUAUACCUCCUAUGUCCCGUGGAUUGGAGCUACGGCGAUCUCCCUAAUCGCCGUGUACGUGGGAUACCUUUUCGUCAAAUGCCAUAGGGAAGCCGCUGUUGCCUUCAAUGUGCCAUUGCCACAGGAGGUGCGCAGUAGUACCUUUGAGAAGAACCGGGAUGACCUUCGAGGGGAGGAGAAGCGCAUACUCGAGGAUCAGAUUCGCGGAAAAUGGAACGAUCAAUUGGUUAUGAGCUACUGUCCUGCCGAUGGACGUGUGCUGGGUACUGGAAUCAAGCCUGCGACUGUCGAGGAUAUUAAUGAAGCUGUGCGUGCAGCUCAUGCUGCGCAGCGCGAAUGGGCUAAAACGACAUUUGCAGAGCGCAAAAAGGUUCUUCGAACACUGUUGAAAUACGUUCUCGAACACCAAGACGAUAUCGUGACUGCGUGCUGCCUCGAUUCAGGAAAGACAAAGGUGGACGCUUGUUUUGGAGAGAUCCUUGUCACGGCUGAGAAGCUUAAAUGGACUCUGGAUCAUGGCGAAAAGGCCUUGCUACCAUCGCGCCGGCCAACCAACUUCCUCAUGAUGUACAAGAAAAAUAUGGUCACCUAUGAGCCCCUUGGUGUAGUGUCAGCCUGCGUGUCUUGGAAUUACCCAUUCCACAACUUCAUCGGUCCCGUUAUCAGUGCUCUAUUCACUGGUAAUGCUAUUGUCGUCAAGCCAUCUGAGCAGACAGCCUGGUGUUCGGCCUUCUUUCUAGACAUUAUUCGUGGUGCCCUGUCCAGCUGUGGCCACUCGCGCGACCUCGUCCAAUCUCUCAUUUGUCUUCCAUCCGUUGCAGAUGCUCUCACCUCGCAUCCCGAUAUCGCCCACCUCACCUUCAUCGGCUCCAGGCCUGUGGCGCAUAAAGUAUGCGCCUCAGCCGCCAAGUCCCUCACACCAGUAGUUGUCGAAUUGGGCGGCAAAGACCCAGCUGUCAUACUCAAUGACGCUCGUACAGUUCGCAACAUCCCUACCAUUGCCUCCCUACUCAUGCGCGGCGUAUUCCAAUCCGCCGGCCAGAACUGCAUCGGCGUAGAGCGCAUCAUCGCCCUCCCAGGCAGCUAUGAGAAACUCAUCGAACUGGUCACGCCGCGCAUCAACGCCCUCCGCCUCGGCUCCAUCCUCCUCGACGACCCAUCAACUGACCAAGCCGCCUUGACCCCAGACAUGGGCGCCAUGAUUUCGCCAGCCUCUUUCGACAAAUUGGAAGCUCUCAUUGCAGACGCCGUCUCAAACGGCGCCCGCCUCUUAGCCGGCGGAACUCGCCACCAGCACCCGAAAUAUCCCCAAGGCCAUUACUUCACACCCACUCUGCUCGUUGAUGUCACACCUUCUAUGAGUAUUGCGCAAGAAGAGCUCUUCGCACCUGUCUUCCUGGUCUUGCGCGCCGAGUCCGUGCCCGACGCAAUCAAAAUCGCAAACUCAACCGCCUACGCUCUCGGCGCCAGUGUUUUCGGCCACAACGAGUCUGAUGUACAGGCUUGUGUGCGUGGCAUCGAAGCCGGCAUGGUCUCUAUCAAUGACUUUGGUGCGUAUUAUGCCGUCCAGCUACCCUUUGGCGGUGUCAAGGGAUCUGGGUAUGGUCGGUUUGCGGGCGAAGAAGGUCUGCGCGGCUUGUGUAAUACCAAGGCUAUUUGUCGAGAUCGAUUCCCUAAGUUGAUGUUUACUUCUAUUCCGCCGCGAGUGGAUUAUCCGAUUCAGAAAACUAAGGGUGUUCAGGGGAGUACGCAUGGUCAGUCUGCUUGGGAUAUGACUAAGGGUGUUGUUGAGACGGGAUAUCAGCUUACUAUUGCUGGACGCAUUGCUGGUAUUCUGCGUUUAUUGGGGAAUAUGUAA